AUGGGGACGCCUGCUUUUGACGAGUUGCAUUUUUUUGCUGACAGGAGGAAAACUUUCCGGCGUGCUGAGGCGGGUUGGGGUCGCGAUGGGCGGCGCAUCGCUGAAGACGCCGGCGACUACCAUAGUCGCGCCGCCUGGAGGGACGACGAAACCCUAGGCAAAUUCCGGCCACGCGGACAACGGAGGCCUGACGGAGGUCGUGAGGCGGCCUGGGCAGUUGACGGUCGACUCACCGCAGAUGGAUGGUCCGAUGGUCCUGGGCGCAACCGUCGCUGGACCGACGCCGGAAUUGCAGAAGUACAGCCGGAUCGGUUCCCCGAUGUGCUCCAAAAAGGCGGGUGGAGCUCCGAGGAGGUGUCGGAGGCCCUAGGGCUCAAUUCUCGGCGGGAGAAGGCGAAGAAACCCUUGAUAAAGCCGUUGCCGGAGCUGGCUGAGUUGGUGGACUGGUAG